UAGACCACAGCAGUGUUACUUUAGUAACACAGUCAAGUGAGGCCCCCGGAUUCUAGGUUGUCGGUUAACCCUGACAGCUACUCCAGGGACGAGUUAGAAAUUUAAGUCAGUAAACAAAUACCAUACAAAAAAGUCUACCCGGGAAAAUAGUCGGUUUUACAGGCAUUUUUAAACGUCGUGGAAGUUCCCAUCACACAGGUCACCAUGUACUGGCCGACGACCUUGACCUUUCUUCUCUUGUCUGGAUUUAUAAGUAUGACCUUGACCCAGGAAGACACCCUUCGUCCAGUGAUCAGAACAUCUAAAGGUGAAGUGCAGGGUUCCAGAACCUUCAUUACAAAUCAGCAGAUCCCUGUGGACAGGUUCCUGGGGAUCCCGUACGCCCAACCUCCAGUGGGACAGGGCCGAUUCAGGCGACCCCUGGAGGCCCAGCCUUGGACCAAUAUCAGAGACGCCACCCAAUAUUCAUCAGCUUGUUUCCAAACCUUUAAGUACACCGGCUUCAGAGGGGAUGACAUGUGGAUCCCCACGGUUCCUGUCAGCGAGGAUUGUCUGUAUCUGAACAUCUGGGUCCCCAGAAACAUCCAGAGACCCAUGAGAAAGCUGACCACCCUGGUAUGGGUAUACGGAGGGGGAUUUAUAUCUGGGUCGUCAGAUCUUCAGGUGUACGACGGAUCCUUCAUGGCGGCCACUCACAACGCGAUCAUUGUAUCCAUGAACUAUCGUGUAGGUCCCUUUGGUUUCCUCAAUUUAGGGGUUCCGGAGGCAAGCGGAAACGUAGGUCUCAUGGAUCAGUCUUUGGCUCUAAAAUGGACUUAUCAAAAUAUCGAGGCUUUCGGGGGGGACCGUAACAAAAUAACGCUAUUUGGAGAAAGUGCCGGAUCCGCUAGCGUGAGCUACCAUUUGCUGGCUCAGCCGUCGUGGGACUACUUUUCCAACGCCAUCAUGAUGAGUUCUACUGCGCUAUGUGAUUGGGCGUUCCAAAAGCCGAGGGAAAGUGUCAAGUAUUCUGAUAUGUACGCAAAGGAACUCGGUUGCGAUAGGGAUAACGCACAGGAAGUGGUCGAGUGCCUGCGGAAAAAAUCGGCACAUGAACUAGCGUCUUUUCAGAUGAAUCCUUGGCAUUUUAAACCCACCGUUGACGGCAGCUUCAUCACCAAGUCUCCGGAGGAGCUGAUAAGGAACAAAGAUUUCAAGCGCUGUAAUAUUCUGUUGGGCUUCACAACGGACGAACAAACGUAUUUCAUGCAACUUUUCGACAGCAAAAAGUUCGACUACAGAAAUUCGGCAGAACCUUCUGUGACUCUGCCAGAAAUUAAAAACAUCAUUAACAGAGUGACACUCUCUACGUCCCCGAUUUUUCCCAACACAAGCCUAGCGUUUGAACAUCUGUUGCAAGUUUACGUCAACGGCGUUCCAAAAAAGAUACGCGGCACCAACGUCAAGGUGGUUGACAAUAUCGUUGGUGACCACGAUUUUAAAUGCCCUGUAAUUCGAUUCGCCAGAGCGUACGCCACAGAAGACCUAGGUGUGUAUUUAUACCAUUUCCAUCACCGAUCUCCUAACAAUCCCUGGCCACAAUGGAUGGGGGUGAUCCAUGGUUACGAAAUCGAAUUCGCCUUCGGAAUGCCGUACAAUGCAAGCGGCGGUUACUCUGUGGAGGACAAGCGGAUCAGCGAUGUGCUCAUGUCCUACUUGGUGACCUUUGCGUCCACUGGGAACCCGAACAGUCAGACCUUCGGAGAAAGAAUGUGGCCGAAUUUUACAGAAUCUGACGAGAGUUACAAAAUCAUUCAAUCUGGUUUGUUAGAAACAAAACAGUACCCCAGAUAUGCGCAGUGUUCGUUUUGGGAGGACUUCUUACCUGUCUUAGAGAAGCAGUCUGAAUCAACGGCUCUGGCUAUCGCACGGUGUACCGGAAGUCGGGAUGGAGCGACUUUUCUCAGUGUUAUGAUAUUAGCAGCAUUUUCUGUUUUGAUAGCAUCAAAACAUGAAUAGAAAAGGCUUCCCAUCCUUUAACUUCCUUUAACUUCCAUCUUUUUCCCAUCCUUUAACUUCCUUUAACUUCCAUCUUUUUCCCAUCCUUUAACUUCCAUCUUUUUCCCAUCCUUUAACUUCCAUCUUUUUAACCUGUUAAAAAUUCGCCUCAUUGGACAUUGCCCUUGUUGUUGUUGUUUUUAAAAUAUAUGUAAAACUGGAUACAAACCAAAACAGACAAUGUGAAAGAUGUACAAGACUUUGCCACAAAGGAUUCAAAGUCUGUUUUCAUCGACAACAUUGUUGUGCGGCGCGUUUGAGACCUCUUUAUCGUUCGAAUCUUUAUCACGCGAAAACUUCAAGGCUUUUGUUUUUAUUUUUGUUUAAGGUCAUACUGAAGUUUUUUUUUCAUUUACACUAUGGAGUAAUAUGGGUGGAAGACACAACGACCGAGGGGCAUCUCACCAAAGCUUUCGCUGUGAGUCCAGCUUAUGCUGGCUUCCUCUACAAGCCGUACGUGCAGAGAUUUGGCAGCAUCCUGUGGAUGGUCGUGGGUUUAAUUCGUGCUCUGUUAGGUUCUUCCCACGAUAAUGCCGUCGUCGCAUAAGUGAAAUAUUCUUGAGUACGGCGUAAACCAUGACUCAAAUAAAUAAAUAAAUCUGAUCACAAUCCGGUUACAGCUUCAGGGAUUUAAGUUUUGCUAAUGAUGACACUUAGCUUAUAAUGAUAGAUAGCAAGUGAUUUGGUUUUGAUAAAAUACUCCGUUAAUCCAGUGGUACAUAUCCAGAUCUUUUAUCAUUUUAGACUAUAAUAUACAUACAUAUAUGUGUAAUCUCGUGACUUAUGCAAUCAAAUAUCCCGAUCGCCUGACGUAAGAAAUAUUUUGUGAAUCUAUAUACUUAUAUACGCCGUCGUGCAAGUGAAAUAUUAUUCAAUACGACGUAAAACAUCAAUGAAAUAAAUAAAUAAACAUAUACCUUUAUAUCCUUGACAGAGGCAUUACUUAUGGAUAACAACUCCUGGAUUUAUUGUGACAUACUUGAAUUAUCCACAAGUAAUGCCUCUGUCAAUCUAUACCAUCCCAAUUCUUAAAUGCCUCUGAAAGAAGAGUAUAUUUAUAUCCGUUUAAUACUGUAACGCAUGCACCUAGGUGAUCGUGACAUACUUGAAGGGACAGCGAAUUUCUGGUGCUAUUAAGUAAUAUUUUUAUUUUUGUCUUUGUUUUCCAAAUUUAUUUCAUUUGCAUGUUACGGUAACUCUGGAAAUAACGUUAAUUAUGGCAAAAUUGCGGAAUAAAAAAUUGCGGAAUGCAAAUGAAUACCAACGUGUGACAGCGAUACGAUCUCUGUGAAAACAAACGUUCAAGUCUCAACGAAUCGGUUACAUUUUUUACGAAACAUGCGCAAAAUGCGUCUGGCCUAACUUCCAUCACAACACUUAUUGAAGAUAUAUACGCCAUCAUGUUAAAUUCGCUUUUUACAGCGUUGCAACAGCUUUGUCCAACUGGCCCCUGUAUAUGGACACUUUAUCACCCUAACUAGCACCAUUACAAUUGAACGUUAUCAUUUUCAGCCCAUUAGUGACGUUUUACUGCGCAUGAGCUCCAACUUAAUAAAGGUAACUAAACGUGACCAUGUACCGCCGGUAUACCGACUCGCAGUUCAUUGGCCGACACUACAGAUAGGAUUUAAUGGGUAAAACGGCAUGACAGUGGUUACACUUGAGUGAACACCAAAUAAUUGAACAGCCCCUGCCAUCGAGCCCAACCUAGGUUUGCUUAGCACACAAUAACCAAUUGGCAACGAUACGGUGUCAAAGAUAUCGACGUAAGCAACAUCACGCACAUUGCGGAAACCGCUGCCAUCUGAUUUUUACCUAUCAGGCGCGAGUUAUUUCUAUAACCCGAGAAGCCUCUUUUUACCGCCUUUGUCACACACGAGCACUGUUUCCGCCUUUUAACUACAUGAAAAGUUGAUUUAUCGACGUCCGAGCAAAAUGGCCGUGGUUAUUUAGGUCUGUUUUCAUUCGUCUUCCGAAAUAAGUAAGGUCAUCUUAGUUUCUAUUAAGAUAAAAGUGUAACACGAACAUCUUAAGUUGACAGUUCAUGUAGUAUGGUGGAUAACUGUUCAGUAUGCGGCCAAGUAGAUUACACCGACCGAGUUUUAUUGCUCUUCACAUCUUAAUGUAGAUAUGUCUUCCUGGUAAUUCUGUGGACAGUUAUAGUGCCAGUCAUUUGUUGGUGUUAUAUCGCUAUAUAAUAUACGGAGUUUAUUCCCUGCGUGUUACAAGUGAUUUCAUCUUACUUAGUAGAUCUUUGGUCGAAAGAUAUUUGCAAAUCGAAAAUGAAUGCGGUGUUUUAGAUGUAACUUUGUAGUUAAGAUAAUCUAUCACUGUACAGAAGAUUAUUCCCCAAAAUAUGUUUCGCAUAUUAUGUUAUAUGAAUUCUAUAGAGAUAUGUUAUUUCCUGUGAAUGAUACAUUGAUAAAAGUGCCAAAUAUUUACAUAUUAAAAUAUUCAGACGUUUUUAAUAAAAAUCAUUGAAAUAAACCGUUCUUGUGUUCUAUUUGUAACAAUCAUAAUCGCAUUUGAGCCCACAUACCAAACAUCCCAUCCACUUUUUCCACAAGACGCUAAGUGCAGACCACUUACCUUCAAUAUUAGGAGCAUAUAUGUACGUCACAUGCGGAAAAGUUGAUCAAUAACUAUCCAAACGUCGGUGGUUUAUCCGCCAGGGAUUAAGCGAAAAAUCUUUGAAGAUAGCGCUUCACCAACAACUAAGCAAUC